UCCAUCCCAUUUUGAAAUGCAAUGGGACUUAGAUAUCUUUUUCCUUUAGCCAAUUUUCAAAACACUAGCCCAGAUAAAUGAAAAAUAUUUGCAAUAAACUUAGGCAGUGUGGAUUAGACCUAACAGGAUUUAGGCACCACGGUACCUAACUUUAUGGCUGCCUGGCCCCCAGACUAUUCUAGAACCCUUAGUUAGGUGCCUGGUUUCUAUACAGUGCACAGGGAGAGUUAAUGCCUUUGCAGUCAUCCAAAGAAACCCUGCAGUAUCUGGGAGUUAGCCAGAGCUAGUGAAUAGAAGACGUUUUGAAUGGGCGCAUUAUGAAGCCCUGCCCCUCUCCAGAGCCUAACCACUUGUUAAGUGCUCCAGGACCCUUUUUCAGAAUUCUUCAGGCCAGAAGAAUGAUGUCUUUCACUUGGAUAUUAAAAAUGUAGGUGGCAUAGGCCAGAUUUUGGACUUCAUGUACACUUCUCACCUUGAUCUUAGCCAGGACAAUGUACAAGCUAUGCUGGAUAUUGCACAAUGUCUUCAGGUACAAAAUGUGCUGAACAUUUGCCACACUUUUUUAAAAUCCUCAACAGCUGUAGAACAGCAAGCCAACAUGCCUUGUAAUAAUGUAUUUGCUUUGCAAAGUACUUUGGCUACAGAUACUAACUGUAUGAAUGAUACUUACGGAGCUACCUUGUUGCAUGAAUGCUCCUCGGAUGCACAAACUAGCAAAGUCUUAGACGACCAUCCUUCCCAUGGAUCACAAUCUCUUAAUCUUCAUACACCCUCAGGUGAUGUACAAAAACAGCCGCAGGACUCAUUAGAUGGUAAUUGCACAGAGCUUCCAUUUAAACAGCCAAAUUACUACUAUAAACUGCGGAACUUUUAUAGCAAACAGUUCUACAAACAGAAUGCUUGCUCUAACCAUGAGAGAAUAACGGAAUCAUCUUUUGCUUUCAAUGCGUCUACAGAAAUUAAUGCAUCUACAGAAAUAAAUGCAGUGGAGAGCAAUUCUUGUACUGUUAGUCACUCUGAAUGUAUUCUGGAGUCUUCUGAUCACUUGCCAUCAAACUUUCUGGUCCAGUCCUUGAAUGAAUCUGUUCCUGAUCCGGGUUCAGAAAGCACAUCCUUGCAGCCUACUAAACAGAUGCGUCUGAAGAAGGCAAUUCAUCUUAAAAAACUAAACUUCUUAAGAUCACAAAAGUCUGCAGAGCAAUCAUCUGAGCCUAAAAGUGAUGAAAGUGGUAAACCAAAGGCAAUUGAAUCUGAAAAUGAAAAUGCCAUGGGGAUGGCAAAUAUCAGUGCUGUGGCAGAAAAAGAAACUGAAGUUCUAGUUAAUUCAGAGAGUUUUGAACAACCCGUUGAAAUGGAAAGAGCUCAGGGUCCUUCAGAACAAGAAGAACAGUCACAGAUUCUUCAGUCGCAAAGGCAGUAUUCUUGUGAAUUAUGUGGAAAGGCUUUCAAACAUCCAAGCAAUUUGGAGCUCCAUAAAAGGUCUCAUACAGGUGAGAAACCUUUUGAAUGUAACAUUUGUGGGAAACACUUCUCACAGGCAGGUAACCUACAGACUCAUUUACGCCGGCACUCUGGUGAAAAACCAUAUAUUUGUGAAGUCUGUGGGAAAAGGUUUGCUGCUUCUGGUGAUGUACAGCGUCACAUUAUUAUUCACUCUGGAGAAAAACCUCAUUUGUGUGACAUUUGUGGCAGAGGGUUUAGUAACUUCAGCAAUUUAAAGGAACACAAAAAGACCCAUACAGCAGAUAAAGUAUUCACCUGUGACGAGUGUGGAAAGUCAUUUAACAUGCAAAGAAAAUUAGUAAAGCACAGAAUUAGGCACACAGGAGAGAGACCAUACAGCUGUUCAGCCUGUGGAAAAUGUUUUGCAGGAUCUGGUGACCUGCGCAGGCACGUGCGGACUCACACAGGAGAAAAACCCUAUACCUGUGAAACCUGUAACAAAUGUUUCACUCGUUCUGCUGUCCUGCGACGGCACAAGAAAAUGCAUUGCAAGGCCAGUGAUGAGGGGUCAAACACGCUAGAUGAACUGACUCAUGGGAUUGAAGCUUCUGAUCUUGAGAAAUCACAGAGUUCUGAUUCAUUUGCCCAGGAAAUGUCUGUUGCCUUGUUACCGGUUCCAGUUAAAUUUCCUGUUCGUCCACCUGGAAAUUCAAGUAAUGAGUUUGACAGCACUGCAGGAUCUUACUGCAAAUUGCGAUCAGUAAUGCAACACCAUGACCCAAACCAUCAGAAACUGAGCCUGGAUCCUGCUAAACUCCCUAAACCUCAGACACAGCAAACUCUUCAGCCACCUUACACUUAUGCAGAAGUGGAUGUAUCUUCUGCGGAAGAACCUCUACAGUCUGAUAAUAUUUCCAUGAUUCGUUCAUCUAUGACAACCCUGGACAAUGACCCUCUGGUCAACCGAACAUCAUCAUCUGCAUACAGGAAUAAUGAAGGACCAUUCUUUUCCAGCAUGACUCUUUGGGGCUUAGCUAUGAAGACCUUGCAGAAUGAAACUGAAUUGGAUCAGUGAGGGUUUAUAUUAUUUACAACUUCUUAGGGAAAUUGUUUAAUAUACCUGUGUAAAGGUAUGUCAGUACUGUCAUGGCAAUGUCAUAUUGAGGUAACCAAGCUAGCUCAGGUCUUGGUAGAAGUCUAGCUGUGGCUGCCUGGAGUUCAGCAUGGGUUUACAUUCACUGCGUCUCAGCAGGGUUUAAAGCUGACUCUGGGAAUCUGCACUUUGGUGACUGCAGCAUAGACAUUACUAAGACUCCAUGUUCCAGAUAGUGUUUGCUCCCUUCCAUUUAACUUUGCGUAUUUUAUUCUGCAAUGGAGCUUGAGUAAUUCCUAAGCCCAGUAUGAGGCUUAUGAGGUUAAUGAGUAUACAAGGCUGAAUAGAGGAUGUGUAGGCUGCAGUUCUCACAAAGGUGUGUUAGGAUGGGUGGUAUAGGAAGAAGAGUAAAGCAGACACAAAAGCCAGAAGUAUCAAUCACGGAUGGCUUGCCAGUAGGAUCAUUGAUUUUAAAUCAGGGCUGUCCAGCUGGUGGCCCACAGGCUGAGGAUUUGGCUGUGGCUCCCCCAUUGUUUCUCCUCUAGCUUCCACUUCUUGCCCCCGCCCCGGGGGCAGAGCAGGGCGGGGUAGUGAAGCCCAUGGUACUGGAUGAACUGAGGAUGAUGCUGGGGAGGGGGGAGGUAUGUGCAAAUGCUGCAGGGGUGGGGGGUGCCUGCAGCCCCCACUGGGGCAGCCUGCAGGGUAUGCUCCCCCAGUCACUUAGAAGUUGGACAGCCCUGGUUUAUGUGUCUGAUGUAAUGUGACAUUAAAAGUAAAUGUUAAAUACUGGACAAUAUUUGUCAAUAGCUUAAAGUGAUUGUAUGUCUAGAAACUUUAUUUUUUACAAUAAAAACUUGGUUUUAGUAUUUUAUAAACUAUUUUGCACAGAAUGUUUGUUUUUAUGAUGUAGAUCUUGGUAGGGAGAUGGUAACUUAAUUUGAAUAAAGGGAAGUUUUUAUAUAACA